UCUGGGGAUCAGAUGCUGCCAGCGACACAAAGACAACAAAACCGAAAGCUACAACACAAUCGCCCAGGGAAUCAUCAUCAACCUCUGCGACAACAAGUUCGUCAUCAAAGACAACAUCAAAUAAUAUACUCAAUGGCAUGGAAGAGAAAUCACAAAGAAAUUCAACAGCUGGUACAUCAAAAAACUCAAUCAAUAAUCCGAACAUAACAAAGACUAAUGAUGCAAGGGCGCAAUCCACGCCAACAACUAAGGUAAACAUAACCAAAGGGUCAACGCUUACAACCGAAUCACUCUCAACAACAGCGUCGUCGAUAAAUGGAAAUACGACUGUGGUCACCCCUCCUACGUCAGAUUCAAAUCUAGAAAUAUCAAUCAGGCUAAUAACUACAUCUGCGACAGCAAUAACACACUCUUCUGAUACCAGCGAGCAGUCUGCAGAAAUGAAGUCUUCUAUCACGAAUGAGAAAAACCAAAAUGAAAUUGCAAAAACUACUACAACGCCAAAACUGGAAUUCGCAAGAAAUGGAACUUCAAAUAGCAAUGAAAGAAACACAGUUAAAAACGAAACGACAACUAUCAUUGGCGUAGAAGACGACAAUAGCACAAUCAUGACUACAGUAGAAACGACUACUAGAAAGAUUGAAAAUAGCAAUUCGUUUGAAAACGCGUCGCAGCCACCAUUGGCAACCCACAAGGUUGAAACAAUAACAGUAGACUCACCUGAUUCAAAAAUAACACAGACACAGACGACCAGCGCAACAGAAAAUCUAGCAAAAACUUCAGAAUCAUCUGCAACAAAUAAUUUGACGACAACUGCAAAUUACAGUGGCGACGUCAGCGACUACGACUCCACAGACAACAACAGCGCCUACUACAGCGCCUACUACAGCGACUACUACUCCGGCUCCGUUUAGUCUUUAGAAUUAUAUAUUUUGUUAACCUGCCUGUUGUGUUGGUAGUAAACUUCAGCAUCGCUCUACAAUAACCACGUCACCUCAUCAUAUACCGUUUCUAUCACUACACCAUUUCGUUGUUUCUCGUUAUAUAGAAUUCUUGUCUAUGUCGUACUUUGUGCAUGUAGAAUGAGUAUUUCAUUGACUGCAAUAGACUUCAAUCAAAACCAAAGUUGUGAAGUUGCUAAUAUCCGGGAACCUAGCAGGUUAUAAGUUUGAGGAAAUUAAG